AUGGCAUCAAAUAUAGAAAAAAUGAAGUCUUCUUGGAUGUUAUUGAAAGCGUCAACAUGCUGGUUAGUAGUCAAACUCGCAAAUGCUUCGGGCACAGUUUUGAGAAGUGAAAUCAUUGGUUCAAUACGAAUGCGGGUGGUAUUAAGUGGUAUGCCGGAAUUGCGACUUGGUCUGAAUGAUAAAGUUAUAUUCGAACAGGCGUCUGCGGGUGCUCGAGGGGGUCGAAGUGGAAAAGGAGUUGAGCUGGAGGACGUGAAGUUUCAUCAGUGCGUUCGGCUCUCGAGGUUCGAAGCUGAACGAACCAUUUCUUUCAUUCCACCUGAUGGAGAAUUUGAACUGAUGAGCUAUCGUCUUACAACUCAGGUGAAACCACUUAUUUGGGUUGAAACUGUUGUGGAAAAGCACACACACUCUCGGGUUGAGUACAUGGUAAAGGUAAGAUUUAAUACUUACCUAACUUAUCGUCAGAUGAGCCAGAGCAAAGGUUAACC